GAGCCCGCCCCGCGCCGCGGGAGCUUUGUGGCGCUCACAGCGCGGCSUCACUUCCGACACCCUCAGGGCUGCCCGGCCUGGCCCCGCGAUCCCCGGCAGGACCCCCCGGUACCGGGCAGGGCCCCGCGGUSCCCCGGUAUGGCCGUGUUCGAUACCCCGCAGGCGGCGUUCGGGGCGCUGCGCCCCGUSUGUGUGCAGCUGACGCGGGCGCAGACGGUGGAGAACGUGCGGCUGCUGCAGGCGCUCCUGGCCGGGGUGAGCGGCGCGGCCCUGCAGGAGCUGCAGGAGUAUGUGCUGUUCCCGCUGCGCUUCGCCCUGCGGGUGCCGGGGCCCAAGCAGGAGCGGCUGGUGCAGAGCCUGGUGCAGUGCAUCUCCUCCGUGCUGGCGGCGACGUGCGUGAAGAAACAGGAGCUGCUGCAGGAGCUGUUCUCUGAGCUCUGUACCUGCCUCGCUCCCCCUCCCAGCUCGGGYAAAGCUGCCCCGCUCUCCGAGGAGCUGAAGCUGGCUGUGAUCCAGGCACUCCACACCCUGAUGCAUUCGGCYUAUGGGGAUAUUAUCUUGUCUCUGUACCAACCUUCCACCCUUCCGCUCUUAGGAUUUGCUGUGUCUUUGCUUCUGACACUUGCAGAGCAAGAAAAAGCAAAGCAAAUCAAGAUCUCUGCUUUGGAGUGCUUGCAGGUCCUAGUUCUGCAGUGUGACUGCCAGGAGCACCGACACCUGGAUGAAGAUGAGGCACAGCGAUGUGGGGAUUUGUUUGCUUCUUUUCUGCCCGGAAUUUCUAUUACACUGUCUCGGGUUAUUACUGGAGACAUCAAACAAGGUCACAAACCCACUGUUUCUGCCAUCAGACUCUUUUAUCUAAUCGUUGGCUUGGUCAUGGCGGACGCACAGUUAGCCAGAAUCCCAAAGAGUAAGGAAAAGCUGCUGGUGGAACAAAGCAGAAUAUCAGAGCUAAUGAUCCAUAGAGGACCUGAUUGGAGUAAAAGUACUGCUGAAAAACUCUCCUUUCUCCUGCAUAAAGUGGUUGAGUCUUCUUCAGUUCACCCYCACUGGAAGGUGAGACUGGAGCUGGUGGAGCUGGUGCACCACUUACUGAGGAACUGCAGCCAGUCAUUGGUGGACUCGUUCAGUCACCUCUUAAAGGGCUUGGUUGGACUGGUUAAUGAUGAAAACAGUGAAGUCCAGAGCAGGUGUAAUGAAGUUCUGCAAGGGAUUGCAGAGCAGAGGAUUGUGGCCCAGAACAGGGCUCUUGCUGAUGUCCUGUCUGAGAACCUCCAUUCCCUUGCCACAGCUCUUCCCCGCCUGAUGAACUGUCAGGACGACACAGGCAAGGUUUCCACACUGAGCUUGUUGCUUGGCUACYUGAAGCUGCUGGGCCCCAAGAUUAACAUUGUCCUCAACUCCGUGUCCCACCUACACCGCCUUUCCAAGGCGCUGGUGCAGGUUCUGGAGCUGGAUGUGACAGAUGUGAAGAUAGUGGAGGCCCGGCGCUCUGGGCCACCAUGCCCCUUGCAGCAGGGUGUGCAGACUGGCAGGUGCCAGAAGAAAUAUUUCCGCUUCUUCACAGAAGAGAAGGUUUUCCAGCUCCUUCAGCAAGUGUGUCGUGUUCUUGGCUAUUAUGGGAACCUCUACUUGCUUGUGGAUCACUUCAUGGGGCUGUACAAYGAGUCUUGCCUGUACCGAAAACAGGCAGCCAUGAUCCUCAACGAGCUGGUCACGGGAGCUGCUGGAGUGGGAGUGGAUGUCCUGCAGGAGAGAGAAGUUCCACUGAAUGUGGAUGACCUCAAAGGGUCCAUAACAUCCAUUCUGGAUGAGUACAUGGACCAGGCAAACUGGUAUUUGGUCACUAGCAAUGACACAGAGGAAAGCAGCUCUGAGCUCUCAGUGCAGCACUCAGGACUCUCUGUCCUUGCGGGAGCAGUGUCCAGCAGCGUUCUCCUUCCAUCCCUGGAGCCCCCGGUCACAACCCGCACCAUGAACAGCAACAUCUGGCAGAUCUGCAUCCAGCUGGAGGGCGUUGGCUGCUUUGCUGCCGUCCUGGGGAAGGAGUUCAGGCUGCUGCUGCUCUCAGCUCUCUACCCUGUGCUGGAAAAGGCUGGUGACAGGACUCUGCUCAUCAGUGAGACAGCACUGGGGACACUGGCAGACAUAUGUGAGGCCUGUGGUUACGACUCAGUGCAGCGUUUGAUUAAUGAGAAUUCUGACUAUCUGGUGAAUGGGAUUUCCCUGAAUUUGCGCCAGCUGGCACACCAGCCACGUGCAUCCCAGGUCCUGGACACRAUGCUGAAGCAUUCAGAUGCCAGCUUGCUGCCAUUGGUAGAAGAUGUAAUCCAAGAUGUCCUGUCUGCACUAGAUCAGUCCUACAAUAGCCAGGCUUUCACCUUCCUCAGGGUYCUCCACUCAGUCAUGACAGCUCUAGUGCAGUGGUUUGGAGUGCCCAGCACUGAGGAGCACACGCAGACUGGCAAAGGGCAGAGCGCGGCUCGGUCCCAAGGGCAGCAGGAGGUGACAAUGACAAGGCAAGAAAUGGAACGAUUCUUCCUUGACUAUGUCAGCCAGAAGCAGAUCUCAGAGGGUGAUCUUCCUGACCUGGAGGAGGAGGAGGAGGCAGAUGAAAUUCCCCAUGCUAUGCCAGAGCCCAGCUGUGACAUGGAAGGAGAAGCUCCAAUGCCAAGCCAUGCUCAGGUGGCSAGGGAUGUGAUGGAGAGGUGCAUCCACUUGCUGUCUGACGGGAACCUCCGAGUGCGGCUGAAGGUCCUGGAUGUGCUGGAGCUCUGCGUGACCAUGCUGCAUCCUCAUGGAAACCAUCUGCUUCCCAUGGCUCACCGUGUCUGGCCAGCUCUCGUCACCCGGCUGAUUAGUGACGACCCUCUGGCAGUGCUCAGAGCCUUCAAGGUUCUGUGUACCCUGGCUGAAACCUGUGGGGACUUCCUGAGGCGGAGAUUCUCCAAAGAUGUCCUGCCCAAGCUGACCAGUUCCCUCCUCAGCCAGGCCCCAGCAAGUGCCAGGGCUGGGCCUGUGUACAGCCACACACUGGCCUUCAAGCUGCAGCUGGCUGUGCUGCAGGGCCUGGGCUCCCUCUGCGAGAGACUGGACAUGGGCGAGAGUGACCUGAAUAAAGUGGCAGAUGCCUGCCUGAUUUACCUCAGUGCCAAGCARCCUGUGAAACUGCAAGAAGCUGCCCAGAGUGUUUUCCUGCACUUGAUGCACGUGGACCCUGACAGCACCUGGCUGCUCCUGAACGAGGUGUGCUGCCCCGAGGGGUACGAGCCCCCCCACGCCAGCCUGCGCCCCGUGAAGCUCAGCGGGAUGGGGCGACCCCGGAAUGAGCUCACUGACAACGUGGUGCUCCUGCUCCAGAGGCUGCAGCAGCACGAGGGCACGGGGCCAGGGACCAGCACACAGGAGGCAUCUCCUCCCUGACAGACCUACACAGCAGCUGGGAUGGGAAAGAGGAACCACCAGGAUAGAGUUCACCUGGAAAAACGCCAUCAUUGAGGAUCCAAAUGGUUCAKGGGCAAAGGAAGGGCUGCCCAGUCUGGGGCACUGGCUGAGACACCGUCCUCRUGGCAGAAGGUUUAUUUUUUGAAGCAGUGUUUGAGGAUGAGGUGGGUACAUGACCCUGACUCCUCCUGACUUGCGCCUUUCCAGCAGCAUAUGUAGAGAAAAUGGCACAUGAAGAGCGAGUCACCUUCCAGAAAUUACUUCCUAAUCCUUGAUCCUUGGGGGUUGCCCCUUUAGCACCCCCCAACCUCUCUGACCUCCUCACAGCUGUGAUGAUCCCUCCCAUUCUCAGCUGGACAGUGAYUGACAACUCUAAGCAAAAGCUUUAUCUGGCCUUUACCCUUCCYAGGAAGAGAAUCUUGUUUGGGGUGCAAGAGAAUCUUGUUUGGGUCCUGCUGUAAACCUGUUCAUUUAAAAACCAGUUAAUCUCAGAAGUUAAAGUGCAUUUCCAGUAAAUUCUUCACCUGUGUUACUGGCAGGAACAAUGUGUCCUCGCAGAAGCAUCAGGGCUGCUCCUCGCAGCUGCGGUUUGCUGAGGCUGGCUAGAGGCAGCCAAAUGUUCUCUCUUCUCUAUCUCACUCUCUCUGAGGUUCUGUAGAGCAUCAGCCAGCCCUGAUUUACACCAGGGAGUGAUUUACAGCUUCUCCCAUGCCCAGAUCAGAGUUCUCUCAGGCCAUUUCUAACCCCCACUCCAAGGAGAAUUAGAUGAAGCACCUGCCUGUGCCCCGGUAGAGUYUCUGCAUCUAUCCAUGGUCAGACGGUGACGGUGACAGGGGGUGUGAGCACGGUGGCACCCCAGCAGUGCUGUGGCUUGCCCAAGCAGGUACAACAUGGCACAGUGAGCAGAUGACACGUCUUUGGGAUCAGCUCACUCUCCCUGCUGAGGGGCUUCUCCCSUGAUCUCCAACUCCCACAUUCUUUCCCCAGAGACUGUCCACAGGCACUGCUUCACUCAGCUGGUCCCAGACCUCACUGGCUCCUGGACCCCUCAGCUUCACCCGAGCAGCUCCUGGCAGCUGGCUGCCUCCUGGCACUUGGGGAAGUUCUAUGCAAGUGAAAUAAAAGGGCAGAUUUUGACUAAGUUUGGGGGCAAGCUCAAAAACCAAAGCAAUAAAUGGAUUGUUACAUGGAGCAGGCUUUGUGCAUCAUUGCUGGGGAUCCUGGGUGAGCAUCCAAAAUGUGUCUUUGCUGGUGGGCCCGAGGGCACUACUGCAUCUGCCCACAUCCCUCAGCUGAAGUUACUUCYCCUUGUCUCCCUGGUUUUAUUCAGUCUUUACUGCUGGUUGCUUCUCCAGGGAAAACACAAGUCAUUGGCUUUUUACCCAGUAGGACAGGGCUGCAGGUCAGCUUUAUUCUUUUUUAAUAUCUGUUCAGUGCUUAACGCUGGUUGGGUUCUAUACAAAGGAGCCUUCAGAGCUGCUCUGACAGGGCAGGCAGGGAGGUGAAAUACUGCUUUUGGUUUCCCAGCGCCCUUGGGGCUGGUGCAGUUUUCUGGGUUGUUGUAGCGCUUGACAAAACUCAUCCAUUAGGUGCAGAUGCUGCAUCCAGCCUGGCUCCGCUCGGCUCCAAGGAUCCAGCCUGCCCAUGCCAAGGCUUGCCAUCCUGCAGGACAGGCAUGGCACUCAAGGGCAGCACUGCCCCAUCACUGCCCAGUGCCCAGGAACCAACACAUCACCCAGCCAGGGCUCUGGCA